AUGUCGUCGCCCGCUCGCAAGAAGCGUGCCGAUACAGGUUCGGCUCUUUCAUUACCAGCGCCCGUGGCCGCGGAGAGCGGUCUUCUCCCACCAGAGCAUUGGUCACAACUACCAGAGGAAGAAAACGCGCCAGGCGAUGAAGACUCAGCUGUUCUUGACAAUGCGAGCUCAACAGCUUCUUUGACAUCCAGUAUUCUUCAGUAUCGAACUAUCAAUGGGAGGGCAUAUCAGAGUGAACGGGGGAAUCCCGAGUACUGGGGACCCAUCGAUGACACCGGCCAAGAGGCAAUGGACAUCAACCACCAUGUACUCACUCUCUUACUGGGCGAUAAGCUUUAUCUAGCACCAGUCCCAGACGGCAUUCAGACUGCUGUAGACAUUGGAACGGGAACUGGGAUCUGGGCCAUGGAGUUCGCAGAUAAGUUUCCGAAUGCUUCCGUAAUCGGGACGGAUCUUGCACCAAUUCAGCCUGGUUGGAUCCCACCCAAUCUGGAAUUCCAAAUUGAAGACUGUACCCAAGAAUGGACCUUCCAGCCUAACACCUUCGACUACAUCCAUAUGCGAUGGCUCGUCGGCAGCAUCGCAGAUUGGAAGUCUCUGUUCAAGGAAGCUUAUAAGUGCCUCAAACCAGGGGGUUAUAUCGAGAGCUACGAGCCAUCAUCACGCGUCGAAAGCGACGACGGUACAGUUCGGCCAGGCAGUGCGUUAAGCCAAUGGGAGAGGUUCUUCGUGGAAGGCGGACGCAAGAUAGGACGACCUUUUACGAUUUUCGAGGAGAACAUCCAGAGGGAAGCAAUGAGAGAAGCAGGAUUUAUGGACAUAGAGGAGCGUGACUUCAAGAAUCCUGUGGGAGGAUGGCCAAAAGAUCCGAAAUACCGAAGUGUAGGGCAAUUUAUGCAGGCUGCCUUCGAACAAGACGCUCAGGGAACAGUUCUUCAUAUGGCUACUGCGCUGGGAUGGACUGAGGAAGAAAUCACUGUCUUCAUCUCUCACUUUAGACGCGAGAUUCGAUCACCUAAGAUCCAUUCGUAUUUCAGACAGAAGGUUGUUUGGGGACGGAAGCCUCUUUGA